CACCAACUCCCAGGCUCCGCAUAAUCACUUCACGAGCAUUCGAGACAACAAUCGCUUUGAGACACCAUCACGCACAAUGGACCGUGGACUCGACCGCAGCCUCGACGAGAUCCUUGCAGAUCGCCGGCAAAACAACAACAACAACAACAACAACAGAGGCGCGCGUGGCGGCCGUCGUCGCGAUGGUAGAUCUGAUUACCCCAGAGAUGGCGUCAGAAAGCCUUUCAGAGACGAUGCACCGCGGGACCUUGACUCCGAGUGGGUUCACGAUAAAUUCGAGGAUCUUGGUAACCGCCGUUCUGCUCCAAGACGUCGACACUCGCCCGAGCCUUCGAGGGGUAGCAAGCUUAGGGUGGACAACAUCCACUACGAACUGACACAAGAAGAUCUCGAGGGCCUCUUCACGCGCAUCGGCCCCAUCGUCAAACUCGACAUGAAGUACGACCGCGCCGGCCGCUCCGAAGGCACCGCGUUCGUGACGUACGAGUCCCACCGCGACGCCGUCCAGGCCAUCAAGGAGUUCGAUGGCGCCAACGCCGCCGGCCAGCCCAUCCGGCUGACCCUCCUCCCCGGCGGGCCGCGCCGCAACCCGUUCGAGACCGCCGUCGUGCCCGGUCGCCCGCUCGCCGAGCGCAUCACGGUCCCCGGGGGUCGGUCGCGCUCGCUGUCGCCCGGCAGGCGUGGGGAUCAGUUCUCGGAUGAGGAUGGUGGGAGGAGAGGUGCAAGGAGAGGCGGAGGCGGUGAUACCUAUCGUCCUCGUGGAGGGAUCCGCGGAAGUCGGUCACGGAGUCCGAUCGGUGGUGGCGGGAGGCGGAGAGAUGGCGGAGGUGGUGGUAGGAGACCGGGGCCUAGGCGGGACGGUGGUGGUGGUGGUGGUCGACGGGGAGACAGGGGCGGUGGUGGUAAUGGUGGGGAAAAGACGGCGCGGGAUGGGCGUCCUAAGAAGACGCAGGAAGAGUUGGAUGCGGAGAUGGAGGAUUAUUUUGCUGGUGGCGGCGGGGACGUGCAGGCUGAGGCUGCUGCGUCUGCGGGUAUUGUUAAUGGUGUUGUUCAGCAGGACGCUAGCGAGGAUGUGGACAUGAUUGAGUGAAAUCGGGGAAAGGGUGCAUUGGCUACGGGAUAGCAUGGUGGGAUGAGAUGGGUUUCUACAGGGACACAUAAGGUUUUUCUUUUGAUUUUACAUAGGCAUGGCCAAU